UUGAAGAGCCCUGCUCUAAACCACCUCUGAAUGCUAAAGUAAUGCUAAAUGUAAGCAUCAAUAUGAGGGACACUACAGCUACCAGGACAUACUUAACAAGUUGUUCCCUGGCAUCGUGUGAAGGCACCUGGUGGGCAUGUGUAGGAGUGCUUUAGACCAGCAAUCCCACACGUUAUCCUACACUUCACAGCAGGAUGGAAUAAAGGAGUGCUGAUGGGGAGGCUAUGAAAUGGGGUGGAGAAUGAUGAAAGGGAGAUGGAGGAUGGGGAUGAGGGUGGAUUGUGAGUGGUUACUGAUUGAAGAGUUAAUGAAGUGAGAGAGCAACUGAAUCAGCACCAUCCACUUGUACCAGAGGGCAAACAGCAUCAGAGAUUGUGCAAGAGUCAGAGCCAGCUGAGGGAGGUGGAAGGGUGAGAGCGCAGAGGAGGAAGCAAUUUUUCAGUAUGUGGAAUGGGAAGAAAGUAGAUGAAACAGAGUAGGGGGUGACUAAAUAAUCGUCUUAUAUCCUGGAACAGUACCAUGAGGAAACAACAGAACAUUUUUGUGUCUGGUGAAGCUGGAAAAAGUGAUCACCGGGCUUGGAACCAUUGAUCCUGUUGUGCAAAGGCAAGACGUCAACAAGCUUGGGAAAGCACUAUCGAAAGAGUGCUGGAAAAAUGGGGGGAUGACAAAAAAGGACCUUUUGCAUCAAGAGAAAGUAUUAUUUUCACCAUGACGACGGCCAUCCCGGCACAGAGAAGAGGGAAUUUGACCUCCUUCUCACCCUGCAGCAUUGAUGAAUCCUACAAGUACAUUUUCCUCCCGAUCUGCUACUCGUUCACUUUUGUCUUCAGUCUAUCCCUCAACUCAGUGGUCCUCUACCAUUCCUUCCGUCGCACCAGGCACUGGAACGCCUCCCUCAUAUACAUGGUGAACCUAGCUUCCACCGACUUGAUGUAUGGACUCUCGCUGCCCUUCUUGGUUGCUAGUUAUGUCAUGCGGGACCACUGGGUGUUUGGGGACUUCAUGUGCCGCCUGGUACGGUUCCUCUUCUACUUCAACCUGUACUGCAGUAUCUUCUUCCUCACCUGCAUCUCUGUGCACCGCUACCUGGGCAUCUGCCAUCCUAUGCGGAUAGUCACCAUGGAGACAAAGCGGGCUGUCAAGGGGACAUGCAUUUUGGUGUGGGCCGUGGUGUUUGCGUUGACCAGCCCCAUCUUUCGUUUUGCUCAGACCGGCGACCUCACCAGGGCGGCACAGAAUGGUCAUUUGGCGGAAAGCAAGCUUAGGCCUGGCCCAGUGGAGGUUGUUCUGAACUGCUGGGAUGAUGCUAUUGACACGGAGAUUCCACUCUACAUACCCUAUGGCAUAGUCCUCCACCUGCUCGGUUUCUUUGUCCCGUUUACUGUCAUUGCUUGGUGUUAUUCGCAUGUGGUCCUGACCAUCAUCCGGACCUUGCGUAUGCAACCCUGCCUACAGGGGGUGGUAGAAGAAAGAAGAGCUGACUGCACAGGGCGAGUCAGGAGUGGGGGGGUGUCCCUCUCCCUGGGGCCACACUCUUCUUAUGUCCGGCGCCGUCGUAAAUCAGUCAAAACCAUCAUCACCAUCAUCCUGCUGUUUGCACUGUGCUUCUUCCCCUUUCAUGUUACACGAACCAUCUUCUUCAUUCUCAAAGUGACCAGUGGGGUGGAGUGCCAAACCAUGAGGACGGUCUCCAUCUGUUACAAGAUCACCAGGCCGCUGGCUUCAUUCAAUGCCUGGCUCAAUGCGCUGCUGUACUUCCUGACUAAGGAGAAAGGAGCCCAGUGCUGCCCCUCACCUGAUCCCGCUCUUCAUGGCCUCCUUUGGCCCCUAAGGGCAUUUGGUAGAGGGGGAGAGGAGGAAGAAGGUGGUGGGGAAGUAGUGGACAAUAAAGAAAACGAGUCUAAAUCGUCAGGAAAUACAUUUCGGGGGCUGGCAUAAGUAAAAUUUUGAGCCAAACAAACUGGGGGAUAUACUGAAUAUUUCACAAGUCUGGAUGUGAAUGAUUAUAAGAAAAGAUGAAUGAUUGGAGCUGAGAGACUUUUUAUAGCAAAAGAAGAUUAUUUUUUACAUCAGAGAAAUUAUUUAGAAAUUACACUGGAAAAUUCCUGUAGUAUCAUUUCUUAAAAUGCUGGGCUUUGAAACUUUUAAAGCUUAGAAGUGCGGCUUUAACCUGUGGCAGACAAAACCCAAAACCAUGGAUGUUAUUUGAUAUUUAUUCCAUGUCAAGACAUAAUGUCAAAUUUGUCCUUAGUUAAAUUGUGUACCUUUUUAUACGGACCUUGUUAGCAAUAUUUCCAGUUUCUUUUUGCUGAAACAUCAUUACUUAUAUGUCAUGUAAAUGUAAAUGGGUUAUGUAGUGUGUAUAUAAUGUGAUAUGAUGUUAAUUUUAAGUUUGAUUAUUUACUUUUAAUGUUAUAACGUAGAAGGGAGUAGUGUGUGUGUAAUCCAGUACAAGUCAUAUCAUUUAAACCUAAAAGAAAUGACAGGUUAAUGAUCUGCUUAUCCAGCUGCUUGGAAAAAGUUUAACUAGUGUAAUAUUGCUGAGCAUUCAUAAAUACACAGGACAUGCAUAAAACACAAAGAGCAGUGAUUCAUUUUGUUUAUCAUGACUCACGUUUACACGCAACAAAAUGCCUUUGACACAGUUCAGGUUAUAUCUCAUGGGUUCAUGGGUUUUCUCCCCAUUCAAAAAAAGCACAAGCAUUUAGAUUGCACUCACUCAGACUGACCUGACAGUGUUUCUGGCACUCUUUC